CUUGCAGUCAAUGAUUAUCGAUUACAACUCCACCGAUACAAAGUUCGGUAAUAACAGUGAAAAUGACUGAGAAGGGACCAUCAUGGCGUUAAAAACAUCUUCCUGCAGGCUUUUAUUUAAAUUCAUCCAUCAAGGUGUUGUGGCACCGCUCGCUGCCCAAAACGCCCUCCGCUCCGUGCUGGGAUGCAGCUCCACGAGGGGAUACUACAACUCUGGAAAGCCCAGCUACGCUGGACCCGGAAGGGCGGCCCACGUCCGGGUGGUGGACCUCCGUAGCGACACGGUGACCAAGCCGGGUCCGGCCAUGCGCCAGGCAAUGGCGGAGGCCGAGGUAGGAGACGACGUGAUGGGAGAAGACCCGACAGUUAACGAGUUACAGAAAAUUGCAGCAGAUAUGUUCGGGAUGGAGGCCGCCCUGUUCGUCCCCUCUGGAACGAUGAGUAAUCUCAUUGCAGUGAUGGUGCACUGCAGGGAGCGGGGCGACGAGGUAAUCGUGGGGGACUUGUCCCAUUUACACAUCUACGAGCAAGGAGGUAGCGCUCAGCUGGCUGGCGUGCACUCCACCACGGUGACCACGCUCCCCGAUGGGACGUUUGACCUGGAGCAGCUGGAGUCAAAGAUACGCCACGGUUACCCAGACCCCCAUUACCCACGAUCACGGCUCGUAUGUGUGGAAAACACGCACAACAUUCAAGGGGGACGUGUGCUACCUCUGGCUUUUCUGCAGGAGGUGCGUGCUUUAGCAGAUCGAUAUGGUCUGUCCGUUCACAUGGACGGAGCCCGGGUAAUGAACGCCGCUGUAGCUCAGGGAGUGCCUCCAUCUGCCAUACUGCAGCACACAGACACUGUUAGUGUGUGCCUCUCCAAGGGUUUGGGCGCCCCAGUUGGUACCGUGCUGGCUGGACCCAAGGACUUCAUAUCCAGAGCGGUACGGUGUCGCAAAGCACUCGGUGGGGGAAUGCGGCAGGCUGGCAUACUGGCAGCAGAUGGAAAACUCUCCUUACAGAAUAUGAUUGGAAGACUGGAGGAGGAUCACGGCAAUGCAAAAACGUUUGCUCAAGCUCUUCUCGACUGCAAUCCUAACUUGUUCGCUGUUGACUUGGCUGCCGUGGAGACAAAUAUCCUGCGUUUCCGCCUGCAGGAUCUCAGUUUGAGUCCCCGCGAGUUCUGUGACCACAUGGCUCAGGUUAGCGAGAGUGAGGAGGCUGCACUCGGGCAGGGGAUACAGGUUCUCAUGUACCCUCAUUUUGGGAACUCUGUCAGGGCCGUGUGGCAUCUUGGGAUUUCUCCUGAAGACACUCAGCUGGCCAUCCAGAAAAUGCAGUUUGUGGUUUCUCAGCAUGUGAUGGAAAAUAUCAGGGCUCAGUGAAACCCAAGUCAGGAUGAAACCUAAUCUUAGAAUGAUUACAGAGUAAUGUAGACUGUGAAAAAUGGGACAAACACUUCUACAAGCAUGUGAAUCUGUUAAAUGUAAUUAAGCACAGUGUCUUGAAUUUUAUUUUGCGCCCUUAUGAUUUAUCUUUUAUUAAAGAGAUGGGUGCAAAUACAACAAAGGGCACAGAUGAUGAAGACCUUCGUCCAUUUUAACUGUGCAGCUCUCUGUAAGAAUUUAUAUUAAUCAUUAAUAUACAUUCUUUAUAUUAUAUUAAUGAAUAUAAUAUUGAGGACUCUGUUGGAAAACGACCCAUAUUUCUGUACUCGCUUAAACUUCAGCAAACUUUAGAAAUCUGUCAAUAAAUUUGGAAACUUUUA